AUGACAGUGGCCUCAGACUCUUACAUGGCGGCAGGAAACGGAGGCAAUUGCUCUGUUACGGUAAAGAAGAUCUCGUAUAGCUUCGCCCAGUUCCAUGUACAUGCCCCUUCCGAGCAUACCUUCAAUGGCAAAGCGUUUGAUGGCGAAAUCCAUUUUGUGCACAAGAACGCAGACGGUUCGGCAGCUCUCGUGAUCGGACUCUUUAUCGAGAAGACUGAUGAAGAAGUCACCGAACCAGCAGUAGAUGUUCUUGUGGAUGCAAUGAGCGACGUCACGAAGAAUACUACCAUCCCGAUUACCCUGGGCUCGUAUUCGGAGCUACUUAGCGAUUAUAUUGGCAAAAGCCACCUCUUCAACUACGCGGGUAGCUUGACAACCCCGCCGUGCACCGAGUUUGUGGAUUGGUGGUUGAUUCGCAAGCCUGCUCGGAUAUCCUCAGCUCAAUAUGAUCGCAUCAAAGCGAAUCUUGCUGAGCUCGACGCAACCGUCAGUGGAAAGAACGCACGCCCCAUUCAACCACUUUACGAACGCACUGUCACUUUGUACAGCUAA